AAGACGACACAUCGAGUGCAUUUAUUAGCGCACAAUAAAAAGCAAUAGUUGAACAAAAAACAGAAAAUAUUUAACAAAUAAAAUUUCUUCUCUUUCUUCACACAGAUACCUUGCGAAAUUGGAAAAAAACUGCAAGUGCUUUUGUUUUUGUUAUUACAAAGUGGAAACAUAAUUUGGAUUUUUGUUUUGAUUACUUAUUUUUUAUUAAAUUGAAUUAGUGUGUGUUUGUUUGUGCACGAGAACUUGUAAUGGAAGUACAACAAACUCAAUAAAAACGUGUUAGUUCAAUGAAUUAAAAUAAGACACGUAGAAAAAAAUUAUCAAAUGAAAAACAGUAAAAAUAACACAAAACAAAAAGAAAAUAAUAAAGAAAAGUGAAAGAGUGAAGAGAAAACAGCUGAUUGUCAGACAGCAGCAUAUAAUAAACUAACAAAAACAUUUUAUACACACACUUUCUCUUUAAAAUACAAAGUUUUUUCUUCCUAAUAACCGAAAGCAAAAAAUAGUUUAUUAAAUUCUCUUAAUAAAAGAAAUAUUUUAAUUAAUAAAGUGAACUAAUAAAAUUAUGAGCAAUUUAUUGUAAAUCAAAUAUUUACUUUUAAGAAGUGUGAUAAGAGAUAAGUAACAAACAGAAAAACGUAAAAAAAAACUAACAAAAAACAAGUGUAUUUGCCGGUUGUUUUUGUUUACAAAUCGAUAAGAACUCGUUAUAUUUCUGUUGUUGUUAUUAUUAUAAACGUAUUUACUCACAACAUGACUGACACUUGCGUUAAUGGCGACUUCAGCGCCACCUAUGUGUCAACUACAGAAAUAAACCGAAAUCACCGUUUAUUUGACAGACUGCAAGAACUGCGAGAAUUUUAUGUCAAAGAGUUUAGUCAAGAACCACAAUUUUUUGUACGAGUACCAGGAAGAGUUAAUAUUAUUGGGGAACAUGUCGAUUACUGUGGUUAUCCUGUACUACCCAUGUCCAUAGAUCAGUGUAUACUUUUGGCAGUAGGUUAUGAUGAAAAUUCCCCAAAUCUACAACUAAAAAAUAUAGAACAAACAAAAUAUCCUGAUUAUACCUGUGACGUUAGCAAUAUAAAAAUAGAUCUUCCAAAAAACGCUGGGCCAGAAUGGUAUAAAUACUAUUUGUGUGGUGUUAAGGGAAUUUACGAAACACUAACUAUUGCAAAUAAACACUAUGGCAUGACAAUAGCUUUAAGUGGUAAUAUACCACCCGGUUCAGGUGUAUCUAGUUCCAGUGCUUUAGUAAGCUCUUCGGUUUUGGCCACUGCUGCAAUUUACAAAAUUAAAUUGGAUCGAAAACGUUUAGCUUCGAUUUCUGCAGUAUGUGAACGUUAUAUAGGCACACAAGGUGGUGGUAUGGAUCAGGCUAUAGCCUAUUUAGCCAAAGAAGGUUGUGCUCAAUUUAUAGAAUUUCAUCCAGAAUUAAAUGCAACACCAUUGCAGCUACCCGAUGGUGCUUGUUUUGUGGUGGCAAAUAGUUUGGCUGAAAUAAAUAAAGCUGCCACUUCCGAUUUCAAUGAGAGAGUUGUGGAAUGUCGUUUGGGUUGCCGUCUUAUAGCUUUUUAUAAAAACUUUGAAAACUGGCGUCAGUUUUUAAGAUUCAUAGACCUACAAGAGGCUUUAGGCUGUAGUUUAAAAGACAUGGAAAACUAUGCUCUAGAAUUUGUUAACAAAGAUAUAUACAAACGUUCCGAAUUGUGUAAUAUAUUUCAAAUUGAUGACCAAACAUUCCAAAGAGAAUUUCUCACUUGCAAUACCCAGCAUAUGCAGGAGUUUAAACUUAAACAGAGAACGCUGCAUGUCAUACAAGAAUCUUUGCGAGUACGAACUUUCCGUUCUUUAUGCGAACAAAAACCAGCCAAUGGUGUUCACUGCAAUGGCAAUACGGAUUCCCAUAAUGUUAUCAUUUCCAAACUUUCGCAAUUAAUGAGACAAUCUCAUGAGAGUUUAAAAACUCUUUAUGAAUGUUCUCAUCCUGAUUUGGAUAGACUUGUUAAGAUAUCGGAUGAGUGUGGUAUAGGUGCUAGAUUAACUGGAGCGGGUUGGGGCGGCUGUAUUGUGGCUUUAUGUGAUUCCGUGGAAUCCUCCCAAAAAUAUAUCACCACAUUAAAAGAGAAAUACUUUGCUUUGUUACCACCCCAUAUAUUGGAACAAAAUGCUCACAAUGAUUUUGAAUCGGUGGUGUUUGCCACUUGUCCUCGUGAUGGUGCUGAAAUUAUUAUCUUGUCAAACAAUUAAAAAUUUGCCAUAAAUUGUUGAAAUUAUUUUUUGUUAUUUUUAAAAUUAAAUAAAUAUCAAAUUCCUAGCAAUAU